AUGGGGGAAGAUUUUGCUGCCAUGAUUAAUGAAUGUUAUGAUCUCGGUUGUCUCACGAUGUCCCAGCGCAAAGGUCUGAUUACCCUUCUGUUCAAGCGUGUGGAUAGUAACAACACCAAGAACUGGCGACCUAUUACGUUGCUUUGUGCGGACUAUAAGAUCGCGUCAAAAGUGAUUGCAAAUCGUCUCUUAACGAUCAUUUCCACUGUUGUUUCAGCUUCCCAGACAGGCGGAAUUCCUGGUCGCCUCGAUCUUGGCCGAGAAUAUUCGUCUAUUAAAAUAUAUUGUUAUGCACGCAAAUCAUAAUGAUGUUUCUACUGCCAUUUUAUUUCUGGAUCAGGAGAAAGGAUUUGACCGGGUCGAAUGGUCUUUUCCGACUAAAGUCCUGGGUGCUAUGGGUUUUGGUCCCUCUUUCUAACAGUGGGGCAGGUUAUUUUAUACUAAUAUUGAUUCUUCAGUUAUUGUUAACGUUUUCAUUUCAACUGAAUUCAAUUAACGUUACACGUGGCGUGCUGCAGGACUGCCCAUUGUCUCGAUUACUUUAUGUUUUGGUCAUCGAAGCUCUAGCUAUCAUCAUUCAGAAAUAUCCUGAUAUUGAUGGGUACCCCUUACCUGAUGGAACCCGACAAAAACUCUGUCAAUAUGCUGAUGAUACUAUGGCACUCGUUACAUCGGGUCGUUCUAUUACGAAGCCUUUUUCUACCUUUACCCGGUAGGAGCAGGCAUCUAGCGCAAAGUUGAAUCUGGGGAAAUGUCAUGGUUUGUUAAUUGGCUCAUGGCGAGGUAGAUCUGUGUUUCCUGUGGAUUUGAAUUGGACUAAUGAGGCUAUUGUCGCAUUGGGUAGCCGUAUCAGUAAUGAUAGCAAAGAAAAUUGGGCUGUUCAAUUGAAGAAAUAUGAGGAUCUUUUGAUAUCAUGGAAGCAACGCAGUCUGUCCUUUCGUGGCCCUACUUUGAUCGUUAAUGCUCUUGGUUGAAGUCUAUUUUGGCAUCUGGCCACCUUUGAGAGUAUUCCACAAUCACUGGUUGUCAAGAUUAAUGGUCUCACCUUUCCCAAUAUUUGGAGGAAGAAACGUGAAUGGCUUGCACGCGCAUCAGUUACGCAACCGAUCAAAGAUGCUGGACGUCUUGGGGCUGUUGAUGGGGAUAAGAAGAUCAUGUCUCUGCAUUAUUUAUGGAUCAAACGAUACCUCCUUGGUCCUCGACAUGGUUGGCAUUCCUUUCUGGAGUUCUUUGUCCGUCGUGCUUUCCCCAAAAAGAAUUCCCUUCUGGAAGUUCUCCUUUCCAAAACUUUAGCAACUCGAUCCUUGAAAUUGUUACCAGCUUUUUAUAAGUCAGUUUUGAUCACGUGGAUCAAGUUACUUCCUACAUUUGACCGCAUUUGGCAAAUUCCCACUACACCGGAUGUUUCAAGGUCACUGCUCGUGGGGCAUAUCGUCUUUCCAACCCUCCUGAAAUCCACCGCUGUUUUGCUAAAUUUGCAUCAUUUGCUUUCAACGUGAAUUGGUCCUGGGUUUGGCAGAGUCUUUCACUCUUGAAAUUUGUCCGAUCUGUAUAAGACUCAGUUGAGUGCCCAUGGCAUCCUGCCAACAGCCGAUCUUUUGAUUCGAUUUGCCCAGCGAGUUGAUCCUGUUUGUCAUUGUGGCUGCCCCGAGUCUCUUGUCCAUCUCUUUACGGAGUGUUCCUUGGCCAUUGAUGUUUUCGAUUGGUUUCAUUGUCUGCUGAAGCGGUUUCUUCCACAGUGCAAGUACCCGACAGAUACUGAAUUCCUGUUUGGUUUUUACCCAGCAAGGAGAAUUCCUUUGGUCUACUCUGCUCUGCUCGGAAUUUUGCGACAUCAUCUGUGGUUGGCUCAGAAUGCAUUCCGGUUUGAAGGAACUGAACCUGAUUUAGAUACUGUUAUUGGAAAGAUCAAGUCAACAUCUCAUUUUCUGAUUAUGCGACAGCACCGGAACUGUCGUAGUGGUGAUUUUCAGAGAGAAUUGUUAGCUGAUAGUGUCCUUGGUUGUAUCACUAGUGGAAAUAACCUUACCUUAGAUCCUCCGUGGUGUUAG